AGAGAAAUAACAGAGAAAGCAGAGGGCUCAUUCCUGAAGAGAAAGCAACCUAAGUUAAUCUUCCUUGGAUAUAAAUAAUUGCUUUAACUCUGUGGAAAAGUAGCAACUUUUGGUAGUAAAGGAGGGAAAGAAACAAGCUUGGUUGCCAAAAACAUUUCAGACUGUCUUGUCAGAAUGGAUUCUGAUUGGCUGGGAGUAGACCCAGUAGUGGGAUGGCCCAAUACACUUCCCAACCUCUGGGUUUCUGUUUAACCAAACUCCAUUCCCCUUGGAUUUUUUGGUUUGAGCCUACGAGUUGCAACCUACGUUUGACCUUCUCUCUAACCCAAUAGCCUUGGCAGUGAGAAAUGUAUGUACCUAGUUCACGUUCAGUCCGGAGUAGGCAGGAAUGCCACGGAAAAGUCCAUAGACUGUGAUAAGAUACUGCUGGAAGCCUCCCCAGUUGCACUGAGAGAGAACGAGAGACAGAGAGUGAGAAAGAGUGGGCGCUACACACACACACACACACACACACACACACACACACUGAUAAGAGGAGUUGCCUAGACCACUAUGUUGGAGUGUGGAUCACUUGGUGGCUGACCUGGUCCUCAAGAGACUAGAUCCACUUCUGGACAUUGCAUUAACUCUGCCAUCCAGCCAUCUUUCUCCAGUUGUCAGCCAUGCUUUCCUUCGCCGCCCUCACCCUCCGUCUAGGGUCCACAGGAUGCAGAGGAGGCAGGCGCAACCUGGCGACAAUUGUCUCGGGCAACAAGACGUCUCAGCUGGUGAGAGAAAGGUUGAAAGAGGACUUGGACCAGAUGAGGGGCCAGUUCCCUGGCUUCCGGCCAGGUCUGGUAGUGUUGCAGGUGGGUGACAGAGACGAUUCUAACCUCUACAUUAGCAUGAAGCUAAAAGCCGCAGCUGAGAUUGGAAUCAAUGCCAGCCAUGUCAGACUGCCAAAGACUGCAACUGAGGAUGAGGUCCUCCGUAGAAUUGUAGAGGUCAAUGAGAACCUAGAGGUCCACGGCCUCAUUGUCCAGCUGCCCCUGGACUCUAUCAACCCCAUGGACACAGAGAAGGUGACUAAUGCCGUGGCCCCAGAAAAGGAUGUGGAUGGGCUGACCAGUAUCAACGCGGGGAAGCUCUCUCGGGGGGACCUGGGGGACUGUUUCAUCCCCUGUACUCCUAAAGGCUGCAUGAAGCUCAUUAGUCAGACAGGCACGUCAGUGGCAGGGAAGAACGCUGUGGUGAUUGGCCGUAGCAAGAUUGUGGGAGCGCCCAUGCAUGACCUGCUUCUAUGGAGCCAUGCCACCGUGACCACCUGUCAUUCCAAAACAACUGACCUGGCUGCACAAGUGGGAAGGGCAGACAUAUUGGUGGUGGGUGCAGGCAUGGCGGAGAUGGUGAAAGGCGAGUGGUUGAAGGAGGGUGCUGUGGUUAUCGACUGUGGCAUCAACCACAUCCCAGAUGACAGCAAAGCCAACGGGAUGCGAGUGGUGGGGGAUGUGCAUUACCCCUCUGCCAAGGAGAAGGCUGGGUUUAUUACCCCUGUGCCCGGGGGAGUGGGACCAAUGACCGUUGCUAUGCUCAUGGAGAACACUGUCCAGAGUGCAAAGCGCUUUCUCAAGACAUACCAGCCAGGAAAGUGGAACAUUUCCUACGCCAAGCUAAAGCCACAGAAACCUCAACCCAGUGAUGCCGCCAUCGCACACUCCUUCACGCCAAAGACAAUUGGCCGUCUGGCCCGGGAGGUUGGCCUCUUCUCAGAGGAGGUGGAGCCCUACGGGACGACCCGAGCCAAAGUUCGUCUGGAGGCCUUGAACCGCCUCAAGACACAGCCUAAUGGGAAAUAUUUGGUGGUCACAGGGAUCACACCCACACCACUGGGUGAGGGAACGACAACCACCACCCUGGGGUUGGCACAGGCCCUAGGGGCACACCUUCAUGUCAACAGUUUUGCCUGUGUGCGCCAACCCAGCCGGGGCUCAAACUUUGGGGUCAAAGGUGGUGCUGUUGGAGGUGGUUAUUGCCAAGUCAUUCCUAUGGAAGAGGUCAGUCUCCACCUCACUAGUGAUAUACAAGCUGUUAUGGCAGCCAAUAGCCUGGUGGUGGACACUAUCAAUGCACGUGUGUUAUGCGAGUCAACACAGUCAGAUAAGGCUCUCUUUGAUUGGCUGGUGCCACUGAGGGACGGUCACAGGAAGUUCUCCCUGUCCCAACUCAAUAGGUUGAAGAGACUGGGUAUAGAGAAACCAGAAACCCUGAAACCAGAGGAUAUAUACCGAUUCAUCCGUUUGGACAUUGAUCCAGAGACCAAGACGCUGAGUGGAUAUGUGGCCAGUGAGAUGAUGGCGGUGUUGGCCCUCAGUACCAGUCUGGGAGACAUGACGCGCCGCUUGGCCAGGAUGGUGGUGGCCUACAGCCGCAAGGGGAAGCCUGUCACAACAGAGGACCUGGGUAUUAGUGGAGUGCUGGCCACAUUGAUGAGAGAUGCUGUGAAGCCCAGUCUAAUGCAGACCAUGGAGGGGACACCUGUGUUUGUUCACACCUGUCCAUUGUCAGAUAUUGCCCAGGGCAACUCGUCCAUCCUGGCUGACCAGAUCGCCUUAAAGCUGGUGGGCCCAGAGGGGUUUGUGGUCACCGAGGCAGAAGGAGGUGCUGAAUUAGGCAUGGAGAAGUUCUUCGACAUCAAGUGUCGCUCUUCGGGCCUGCAUCCUGACGUGGUGGUGAUGGUGGCUUCAGUUCCUGCCCUGAAGAUGCAUGGGGGUGGACCUGCGGUCACGGCAGGUUCAGCCAUGCCGAAGGAGUACUCAGCGGAGAACCUGACGUUACUGGAAAAUGGCUGCAACCACUUGAAGAGGCAGCUGGAGAAUGCCCGGGCUUUUGGCUUACCUGUCGUUGUAGCCAUCAACACCUUCAGCACCGACACUGAUGCAGAGUUGGGCCUAGUCUGUGAGCAGGCUAAACUGGCGGGGGCCUUGGAGGUGGUGCCAUGCUCACACUGGGCUGAAGGGGGUGCCGGAGCGGUGGCGUUGGGUCAGGCGGUACAGAGGGCAGCUGAGACACCACAUCAGAUGAACUUCCUGUAUGACCUGGAGAUGCCCAUUGACGACAAAAUCAGAGUAAUAGCAAAGUCAAUGUAUGGAGCGGAUGAUGUGGAGCUCCUUCCUCAGGCCCAAAAGAAGGUGGCGCUGUUCUCAAAACAAGGCUUGGGCAACCUGCCCAUAUGCAUGGCCAAGACCCACCUGUCCCUGUCCCACGACCCAGAGAGGAAAGGGGUGCCCACCGGCUUUACCUUGCCCAUCAGGGACAUCCAUGCCAAUUUGGGUGCUGGUUUUCUCUACCCCUUGGUUGGCACGGCGAGUGUACCACCCCAAUCUCCAGCCUUCUCCUGUUUCCAUGACAACGACUUCAGCACUGAGAGCAAAUAGUCCCUGCCUCCUCUCGGGAAAAAGGGUUCCAAAAGGAUUAUCUUGCUAUCCCCAUAGGAUAACCAUGUUUUGUUCUAUGUACAACCUUCGGGAUCCAUGACCCGAAAGGGGUUUAACCUGCAACUAAAAAUAAUGAUUCAAAGGGUCCUCCUAUGGUGACAGCCAAAUAACCCUUUUAGGUUCUAGAAUGCACCUUUUUUUAUAAGAGUGUACCCCAUUCCUUUUUUCCACUUCACAUCUCUCCCUCCCCUGCAUUUCUCUCCCAUCCCUUCCUCUCUUGCCUGUCUCUUUAGCCUUUCUUUUCUCUCUCUCCUCCAUCUCCUCUUUUCCAUCCGUCAUUCUCCCACCCUCCUUAAUCCUUUUCUUUCUUUGUGCUUUUCUAAAAGAGUUGGACAUCAUUAAUCUCAAGAGGAGUGAAGACCUCUGUCCCCUCCAACUACUGUCAGCAACAGUCAACCACAGUGCAACAGGAAACCCAGUGAUCAAACCAUUGAGAACUACAAUAGAACCAAACCAAUGUUCUUCAACCCUGGUCCCGGGGGAACCCACAGGGUGUGCAGGCAUCAGGCGAGUUUGCUAGUGCUGGGCUGGAACAAAAGCCUACUCACGCUCAAGAACACUGCCUCUACACACAGUACCAUUUUCAACCACACACUCAGUAAAUCAGCUAGCUACCAUUCUUAGAUAUACUGUAACAACGCCUUUCAUUAAAUGUGGACCAAACAAGGAGAAAAAAUGAAGAAAAAAGACAUGAGAAGGAAAAAGGCAAUAUGCUCCAUCUCACACCUGUUCUCCUGCUGUCCACUCCCUAAUGGACCAUGUUCAUUGGACUGUUCUCUUUCCCUUAAUUCAAUUCAACUUAAGGGCUUUAUUGGCAUGGGAAACAUAUGUUAAUGUAGAUACGUUUAAGUAGAUAAUAAACAAAAGUGAAUUUAACACAAAUUAAUAGCAAACAU